AUGGAGACUAUACACACCCAUGACAGCCCACUAGCUGCAUAUCUAGAAGGCGAGGGUUCCUUCGAGCCGCAUCUCGAUGACAAACCCCACGAUGAACGAUCCAACGACAUCAUUGUAGACGAAGAUGCACAGCGACCAUCCUUUGCGCCGCCCUCCAAGACACCGUCCUUCCCCCGAGUCAAGAUCCCCCAGCCGAUCACGCUGACACAAGCGACACCACAAAGCGCAAUCACACGCGCGCACGAUGCUUGGUCAACAGCAUGGAACGCGAACGUCGGCCGUGCAGAUAACGCCAAGUUCAUCGAGCACUUUCGCUACACUAUCGUAGCAUCACAACUGCUCAACGAGUACCUCGAUCAUGGCGCCCUAAAGCCGUCCUCUACACCGACAGUCGGCUUGGACGGAGCAGUCGACCUAUCGGGCACCUCUACAGUAAAAGCGAGCGUGUAUGGAGCUGCCUUGGCGGCAAUAGUUGCUUUGGCGCUGGCUUGGCUGUUGCAGUACAGUCGGGCACGCCGUGUAUGGACAACAGGCAGAGUCACCUUAGUGCUGACAGUGGUGGUGGUAGUCGCGUUCGGCGGGUACCAGCACAUGCGCAGGAAAUGGUUGAAGAUGUUGCGCUGCCAAGCGGUGGAGUCUAUCUCGGUCUUGACAAACAACUGGCAGGCGUUCGAGCUCUCCUCCAGCUCGACUUUGUCAUUCAUCCAGGAGGUGGAGCUUGUGUCGAAGGGAUAUCGGCUAAGCACACCUUUGCCACCGGCGUCAAGGAUCGAAGAGAGUGGGACUUCAAGACGAUGUGCCAGACUCAGGAAGGCGCUCCACAAGGCACAUGCGUCAACAAUACCAGCCUGCAUCGAUGCAUGUGCUGCCUUGCGGGUCCUGAUCGAAGAAGAUGAUCUCGACAAAUACUUCGAAGUGUACGACAUAUCCACUGCGGACGCCCGAGACACACUGAGUGUGGACGCGCUCAGUGUGCUGGAAGAUGACCCAGAAUCGCUGAAGUCACUCAGAGUGUUGAGCUACAGAGCAGGAAUUGUUCGAAGAGUCUUACUGUGCUCGCUCAUGGCCCUCGAGGCCGACGGUGGAAAGCCAGAUAACUACAGGUGGCAGAUCGCCAUCGAUGUCAUGCGCAACCUCAACAAGGCAGUGUCUGCUUCGACAGAACGCCUGCGAAUCAUCCUCAGCGAGACCGAGCACUUCAAUAUGCCCGCCACACCUAUCAAGAGCUGCUUCACGCCGAAUAGGGAGAAAGUGCGAAGUCAGGUCCGCAAGAUCAGCGCGCUGUCGUCAGGCAUUCGUGGCUUGCAAGCAAAGAUGCAGAUCCUGCGGGAAGAGACCAACAGAUCUAUCGAACAGUCCGACGACCUGACAGAUCUCGGCGCAUCACUGAUGGCACAGUAUGAGUCAAUCGGAUCGGACUUGAAAGAACUCAUGGCAGCCUGGGAGGCAGGAAAGCAAUCCCUACAAAACAACAUCACCAAGCAAGAACGACGCAUUUCGAUGGCAUCAAGCGGCAUUCGAUCACCGGUUUCGAGCCUCGGCGGUUUGACAGCAGUGGAAGAGUAUGACGGACCAGCAGACGCUCUGAGAGUGCUUAACGGCGAAGGCUCAAAGUCGAAUCGAUCUAGCAUGGCCACCUCGUCUGAAGAGGAGAUGGUUUUCGAAGCCGUCGCUAUGCCGCGGCAACGCGCACAUACCAACACGACUCUCACACGAGAAGAGAGGAUCGUCAAAAUGCACGAAGAACGUGAACGACAAGCACAGAUGCGGGCGAAACGUGACGCCAACACGAGUAUGUUGCGCGAGCUGGAGUCUGUCAUCAACCUUCGACCCAAGAAACCCACGGCGAAUGGGACACCAGCGAGGAUCACCUCGAUUUGA